GCUGGGAUUAUUCCACGAAUAAUUUUCGAGUAAUAAAACUUCCUAUAUCUGCGCCAACUCGUUUAAUUAAAUAAAUUCGUAUUCGAGUACCUAUUGAAACAACAAUUAACGGUAACAUUACUCUUCAAUCGUAUUCGAUAAUUCCCGAAGCGACUAAAAAUGGCGAGGUUAAUAUUUAAACCGAUAGUACACCCCCUCCAGGUUGGGUAACAGCCGGGAAAGUAAAAAUUGGAGAAGAAUUCCCAAGCCCUAGUAGAUAGGGUAGAACGUCAAGGGAUAGAGAGAGAGAGAGAGAGAGAGAGAGAGAAAGAGAGAGAGGGGCGAAGCGAGAGAAAGAGGGUAGGCGGUGUUCGUUGAUGGCACAGGUCGCGGGGGUGGUUUCGAGACGUCGCGUUGCGGGGCAUCGAUUUCGGGCCAGGCCGAUGGCAUCGGCGGGGUAUCGAGGGGGUGUCCCGACGUCGUGGCGAGAGCGCGUCGCGGCGCUGCUGCUGCCACUGGCGGCAAGUCGUUUCUCGAAAGCGUUCGCUUAACUGGCAGAGCCGCUAUUGCCUCUGUUCGCAGCACGUCCUCUCCUCGAAGAGAAGAUUCGCCAACGAAACCCGCCUGCGCGAGUCCGGGACGUGCUGUACGAACGCGCGACGGAGGUAGCCGAACUGCACCACUGCUAAUCCAGCGGUCGCGACGAGGAUACCACCACUUCGGGGUCUCGUUAGAGCUGGGGCCUCCGACUGCUUUUGCCACCGCUAGCCGACUGGCUGCCGUGGCACGGCGCCGUCCGCGAACGCGCGUAUAUUCGUACCUAGAGUCAGUCAGUCUACGUCGAAGUGUCCACGGCGACGGAUCAGCCGGCGAGGUCUCGCGCGACGGUUUCGUAACUUCGGGGGUUAAGAAUAUAAAAGCCAAGGGAAGGGACGACGUGACGGGCGAACCAGAAGAGAGCGCACAGCCGUGGAUCGGUCGCAAGGAUCAGACUCGUCGAGGAUCGUCGUUACGUCUGGAGGGCGUGCGGCACGAAUGCUCGGUGCAGGCGGAUGCGCCGGUGCACCAGCUGCAGCUGCCACUGCCGCUACUACCGCCACUGCUACCAGCACAGUGCUGCUACCGCUGCUGCCGCCACCGCUGGUGCUGCUGCCGCUGGCAGAGCCUCGCAGAGGUGUCCACCUCGUGGCAGUCGACACUUCCUACCGGACGGUGGUAGUGUCCAGGCGCGCUGGACACACGAACCGCAGCCGGUCGCUGCUGCUGCUGCCGUUGUUCAUCGAGCGUUAGGAUUAAAAGAGGCACGAGCCGUGGAAGGAAGAAACGCAGAAAGAAGAAGGUGGUCGGUGACGCGGUGGUGACGGGAUUUUUUUUUUUUGUUGGUGGUUGUUCCUCGCGGGGAAAAUUCAAGGACGGUGGAAAAAAAGGGGCUAGGGAAGGAAAGAGUGCGACGAACCCUUCCUCCCUUUCACGCGGCACACACUCUCGCACGUAUACUGACGCGCGCGACGUGUCGCCGGUAAUAUAGCGUGCGCGCUUUCGUUUAGAGGGUUUCCUUCCCUCCGACGUCGACGCGCCGUAGGAGUGCCGGAAUACACGCGGUGGCUCCUCUUCAAAAGUCGACUUUUCGUCGAGGGUGAAUUUCGUCUGCUUUCCCUGCUACGCACACCGAUCCUCGACGGGGCAGGGAAAACUCUGCCGCACCGGGGGACAGGAUUACAGUUUUCUAGGGUCGUCGUCCUGGGGCCUACCUUCGUGCACGGUGUCUGGCUCCGGACGCCCUGUUUUUUUCCGCGGUUUCUUCUUUUCUUUUUUUUUUUCUUUUCACUCGGUUGGGAAAAGAACGAAGAUGAAGACCUGUCCCGGAGAACAGUAGAGCCGAUAACGCGCUCGCGUGCUGCUGAACCAUAAACAAUUCAGUGCGACGUGACAAGGCAACGUUUCGCGUCCAGGUGAACACGGUCGAAUCCCGCGGUCGGGAAUUGAUCCCGGUUACCGUCGAUAGACGCGAACACCGAAGCCAGUGUCGGGGUCUAACCAUCCCCGCAGACGGUUCGAUCGUCGGACGAAGGAAGAGAGGCAUCGAGGCAAAACGGAGAAGUGAUUCGUCGGGGUUGUGCUGGUGGUAUCGGUAGAUCUCGACGGCAGCUCGUGGUGAUGCCUCGCAGCAGCGGCACGUCUAGAUCGCUGGGUGUCGUAGGUAAGGACGCCGCAGGUGCAGUCCCGGUUGCGUACCAGGGUGUUGGGAGAAGGAUACGCUGACGAGUGCAGCCCCCGGUGGCACGGCAGUCGUCGCUCCUGCAGGCCAUGUAUUACGGUCCGGCAAUCGACCGUACCGGCAGCAGCUGCAGUGCCAGCGACCUUCAGCAGCCGCGAUCACCACGUCGACGCGGCGCCACGACGACCGGCGUCCCCGAGGACGCCGACGCCGAGGAGGAACUCCUGUUCCCGCGACAGGAACCGGCAUACGUCGUCCUCGACGUUCAACCAAGGCGGUCCGCGGAUGUCUGCUGCAGCACCUCAUGUCACGCGGGUCAAAGGCCAGGCAGAAGACGAGCCGGCGGAAAUGCGGUUAGGAUAUUCCUGCUCGCCACUGCCGCUGCCUUCCUCGCACUCGCCGUCUCUCCUGUGUCUGGCACGACAAACAAGAAAGAGGAAGAGACGGCGGUGGCUACUGUUGGCGUCACAGAGGAAACCACCGGUGUCCUGGGUACGAGAUCCAGGACGGGGAGCGAUCCUGGAGGGGGUAUAGACCUUUUGGCAGCGUUACAGCUGCACAACACGACGAGACAGGGUGUUACACAGGUGCCGGGGCUGGUUAGAUUAAAGCCAGCCUAUUAUCUUCAGGGCGAGGAGAGGGAGCUCCGACUGAACGAGGCGAGCUUCGAACGAGCGGCCACGCUACUCCGGCGGGUUCCGGAAUUCACUAUAGCCGCCGCUCUGCGACAGGAGGAGGCCAAUUCCGGGACUAUCGUCGCCUUUUCACAUGGGAACAAUAGAUAUUUGGAGCUGCAGAGCAGCGGUCGUAAGGACGAGCUUCGUCUUCACUACGUAUCACGCCGAGACGGGACUGUCCACGUGGAGGCGUUUCCUUUCCGACUGGCCGACGGCGCCUGGCACAGGGUCGCCCUGAGCGUAAGCGGCUCGCAGGUCGAGCUGCUCGUCGACUGUCAUCCCUUGUACAGGCGACUGCUUCGGCCCGGACCACCUGACACCAAUUUCACCUUGCCACAACUUCAGCUCUGGGUAGGCCAGAGAAACGUCAGGCACUUUCUCUUCAAGGGUGCUUUGCAGGAUGUGAAGCUGAUACCAGGGCCCCAUGGCUAUCUCUCCCAGUGUCCUCAGCUCGAUUCGUCCUGUCCCACUUGCGGUCAAUUUUCUAUAUUACAAAACACGGUGGAGCAGCUGAUGCAUAACCUCAACGAGCUGACGCGUAGGCUAGCCGCUGCAGAGGGCAGAAUAAGCAAAGUCGAGGAGUGCGAGUGCCAAAAGUCGUGCAGGAUUAAUGGCACCGUCCACGAAGACGGUGCGACCUGGAAGAAGGACUGCCAGCAGUGUUCCUGCGUCCAUGGCGAGAUCGAGUGCAGGCCGACGCCCUGCGCUCCUGUCACCUGCAAGAAUCCUGUCAUUCCUCAGGGACAAUGCUGUCCGAUUUGCUUAAAGCAAUGUUACUUGCACGGCGUGAUUUACGAUCACGGUGAGAAAGUCUCGCCGAAACAGUGCGUCGAGUGCGACUGUUUCGACGGUAGCUUCACCUGCCAAAGGUUCGACACGGAAACAAAAUGUCCACGAUUGCCUUGUCCACCCAGCGAGCAAAUAAGCGUGGCCGAAGAAUGUUGCAAGUUCUGUCCAGGGGUGGACUACUGCGCUAAGGGCCACAAGUGUCACGCUAACGCGUCCUGCCUGAACCUCCAGACAACCUACGCCUGCCACUGCGAUAUCGGUUUCCAAGGGGAUGGUCAUAACUGUCACGAUGUAGACGAGUGCAAGCAGCAAGGUGGCUCAGAGGGCCACCACUGCAACGCCAACACACAAUGCGUGAACGUGAUCGGUUCCUACACGUGCGAGUGUCUUCCGGGUUAUCACAGAGUCGAUAAGUUCAAUUGCGCAGAGCUGGACGAAUGCGCCACCGGUCACCACGCGUGCGACGAACACGCCACCUGCGUCAACACCGCCGGCAGCUACUACUGCAUCUGCAAGGACGGCUACACUGGCGAUGGAUACGCCUGCAAACCUGUCUGCAAUCAGACUUGCCAGAACGGUGGCGAGUGCGUGGCGCCAGGAAGGUGUUCCUGUCGACGCGGUUACAUCGGCAACAGCUGCGAACUCGACCUGGACGAGUGCGCCAGCGAUCUCCACAGGUGCCAUCAGUCCUCGACGUGCUUCAACAUGCCCGGGUGGUACUACUGCCGUUGUAAACCUGGCUACAGAAGCGCCCUCCACGACAGCACUCAGGGCACCCAAUGCCUCGACAUCGACGAAUGCAACGAUCAAACGAUCGAGAGAAGGCACACGUGCCACCCCAGCGCGAAGUGCGUCAACACCGAAGGAGGCUACGAGUGCGUAUGUCCACUUCAGGAGGACAAUCACACCGCGGAAGAGUGCAGGCUCAGCUGCUGGUUCGAGAAUCGAGAAGUCGGUAACGGCGAGACUCUGGCUCCAGCCGGGAAUCCUUGCAGAAGGUGCACGUGUAAAGAUGGCGUCGUCACGUGUAGAGACCCGAUUUGCGACUGCAGCGCUCCGGGUAGCCACAGGGACAAGUGUUGUCCGCAGUGCGAUCCCGCGGCUUCCUGCAGACACCAAGAACUUCAUCACCUAGUCUUCAGAAGCGGUGAACGAUGGAUAUACCAGUGCCAGACUUGUGAAUGCCUGUACGGCGAGAUAGACUGCUGGCAGAUGGAGUGUCCACCGGUGACCUGCUCCAAUCCCGUGACUGAGGACGGGGACUGUUGUCCUCGUUGCGAGGAUGACCCUUGCGCGAGGGAACUGCCUGGAAACGGUACCUCGCUCUCGGUCCUCACACGACCACGGCCCUGCAGCUACUCAGGGAUCAUCCACGACAGCGGCAGCUCCUGGCAGGAUCCCCAUGACAAGUGCACCACGUGCGAGUGCAAGGUGCCGUACUGCGCCCAAUUGGACGGGCAGCUUUGCUGCAGCUACGAUUACGGCUGCGCUGGCGAUCUGGACGACAACAAGCAGCAACGUCCUCCAGUCGUUAUUCCUGAGCCUGUCGUACGCGGUCUACCGAGCCCUGCGGGGUCACCGAUGGCUGACGGUGCACAGGAAGCAGCUCUAUCAGCGGUUACCGCUUCCCCAGGUGGUGCAACAGUCGCCAGCACCUAUCUCCUGUCACCCUCUUCUUCUUCCUCGUCCGUCGGCGCCAGCAGUGGCUCCAACGUCCCCAGGAAAGUCCACUGGACCCUGCAGAACGCUGCCCCGCCAAAGUCCCAGCAACAGCAGCAACAGAGAGACGAUCGUCGUCUCAGAACACAACAACAACAAACAACUCCCACAGCCAGGUACCACCUGGCCACCAACGGAGCGACAACGUCGUCGUCGACGUCGCAGCGCGCCACACCCGCGGCGACGUCGUCGUCGACGACGACGGUCAAGACCCCGGUCAAGUACGAGGCCAAAUCCCAAGUCCAGACGCGUCGUCAGCGCGCCAAGUCCUCGACCAGCCUCGCGAAUCAUCGAAGCAACGCGUCUUCUUCUUCGUCCCCAUCCUCGUCGCCUACCCUCGCCGUGUUGGCACCCUCUGGGGCGGACCUGGACUCGGAGGAUAACCGUUCGACCAGCAGCACGCUCAGCGACAGAGUCGCCAGCAACGGAUACCGUCAGUCGACAACUCGCCAUCGGAAGAGCGACAACCCGGAAUCCGUGGCGCGAGACAGCGCCACUUGAGGCAGAUGGCGCUGCGGACAGCUAGAAGAGAAAGAAAUCAACAUUGGCAAGGCAUUCCAGGGGGUGUAGAAACAAAACAAGGGGUAGCCCGAUACGUAGGAGCGAGCGGAGAAGCGUUUUCUAUAGUCACCUUGGUCAUCCGGAUGAGCAUCGUCGAGGGAGACCAAACGGGGAAUGAGAAACGCGAGCAGAACGAAGGAGGAAUCCCGUGGGAGUCCUUCCCGACAACGUUGCAACGACGAUAGCGCCCUCGAUCGGGGGAGAGGGUGUUUCUCCUAGCUCGCCGUCAUCCUCGGUCCCUUGGACAUUCGACCAGCUUCCACGGAUCAUCGUUUGACUUGCCGCGUCAGUCACGUCACGAGAGACAUUUUCGUAGUUCGCUCGCGUGGUCCCGCGCGAGCCAACAGUGGUUGCGGAACGCGCUGUUGUGCGAGUUGUGGGCCUCAACUUCUAGUCCGUUUUAGAGUCGCGUCCCUCGCGUCGAGCAAAGGCCUUCGAAGACGGUAUUCAACCAAGUAUCACGAUCGUUCGUUGAGGAUUCGCUGAGCCCAUUUCUCGUGAACGUAGCCGAGUGGUUUAGGUGUGCCAAAAACGAGCCUGCCUAAGCGAACAGCAACAGCUUUUCUCGUCUUCGCGUACCGAGGACGAUCAGAGCGCACGGACUUGACGUUUUCGUUCCUCUUUUUCUUUGUUUUGUUACGAGCUCGAAUAGGGACGUGGAGAGUCCCUGGGACGCGUCGUUCGUCGCCGCGAUUUGUCGAACGACGCUGUUGGGUCAAGCAUAAAGUUAGUCGACACACGUGCGAGUCUUAGACGAGUCCGGCCCCCGAGAAUCGAGAAACUGAGCCAAGACGAAACAGAGAGACGUGUCUGCGAGUGUCCUCGGCAAACACGUAGAUGCUUUAGCAAUUCCUUUGGCGUAUUUCAUUGAACAGGUAGCGCACAAUAUUUGGGCCUUAUAAAGUAUAUAAAUUGUCGAUGUUCCGCUAUGGGAGAACCUCGUGUAAUCGUACCGUCUCGGACAACGAGCAAACGGCGUAUAAUUAUCGUAAGGAAUUGAAAUAACCCGACGAGAAGGAGAAACGUUAUUACAUAGGAGAGUUCCGUAAUAUACUAUAUAAUAUAUACAAAUAUAUAUAUAUAUGAAAAUAUAUAUAUGUAUACACACACAUAUAAUGUAAGUAUAUUCGACGGAUAUGUGCGAAGCAUAACGAAUCUAUCGAUGUUGAGUAUGUAAAGCGGAAGACAACUAUGACUAUAAAGUAUUCUAUUAUGGAUGAUCAUAUCUCGUGACAAUAUAGGUAACGCGCGGUAAACUCCGGGAGGCUAUACACAAUCACUAUAGCCCGUGUGUUUUUGGUGAAUAUAUAGUCUACGCUUGAAAGUAAAUUUAAGGAACAUUAGGGUACUGAUCUGAAUUCGCGGCGAUCUUCGAUCGCGACGUUAUUAGGGAUCCGUGGUUCAGUUUCUCUGGUUUCGUACGCUGACUGGUUUAUGCCUGAUCCAGGUAUCAUAUAUCGAACGCGCAACCUGUGCCUCCGAGGUUAAACGAGACCUUAGGCCCUCGGACACUUUUGCACGGUGGAAAUCAGACGUAUCUGUUGACGUCCUCCCUCUGUCUAGGAGGUUAAUCGGAAAUUAAACUGGUCACCGUUUGGAUAGCUGCAGGAUGAGAUGAUGAAACAUGUUUGAAACUACUGACAAGCAGAGCUACAUUAUGCAUCAGAACUGUCGAAAUAUAGUCAUCAGUCGGCAAGGUAAAUUCUAAACAGUCGGUGUGAUUGGUUGAAUCGGUAAGGAAGAUCCCAAGAGUGAUGGUCAGUUGAUAACGUUGAUUACAAAUGCAAUCGUCAGUCGAUAUGUCAGAAUCACGAUAAUCGGUUCCCUUUUUUCAAAUAAUCAUGCCAGAUAAACUACAUGAGAUAUGGAGAACACUAUACUUAACCUCACCUAAUCAAGACCAUCAACGCACAGUCUUUUUAAGGAUCACAUCUGAUUGGCAAUAGUAGUCUAUCAAAUAGUUCAGUUAAACUAAGUAUACUGGCUACUUUUUCAUUAAAAACCACAGAGACUCAUGGACAUGGUCUGCUUUAUUACACAUUUGAUUUCUCUUACGAAUUACCCCAGAAAAAAGAUUCCUAGUUAUAAUAAUCAAUUUAUAAGGGUGAUGGUCAAAGGGACGGGAAACGGACACGUCUGACUUUCCACCAUGCUAAUUAGGUCUCCUGUUCAAUUAUUACUUGUACACCGGACGAUGAACGUGCCGGCUCGCUCGAACGAUUCUUUAUCUCGCUCAACCCAACGCGACCACUACGAUUACAUUCCUCCUUGAUUUACAAUAAGUAGGCACUAAUGAGAGAAACAUAUAAAAAAGUAUACAUAUAUAUAUAUAUAAAUAACGAAAGAAAGAAAUAAUUAAAUAACGAAAUAUACGAAGAGAGAGCACGAAUAUAUACACGUAUACAUAUACGGAAAAAAGGAACGGUGAAGUACUCGAGUGAAUAUAGAAUUAUAGCCAAUCUCCUGAUGAAAGAAAGAAGAAUGUAGAGAACUUGUAUAACAUGCAUUCGAGAGUUCAUCGGUAAUCGUUUGUUCAAUGUGCAAUAACUUAACGGUAACGGCUUAAUGUGUAAAGGAGACUCCUAUUAAUCGCGCGGAACCAGCGAUGCUCCACGUCCGAUGGAGGCUCUUGUUAAGGCAACACGAUAUUUCCUCCGUAGCGCGUGGCUGUCGAUCGUUUUUAAUCCUAAUUUUGUCGAUCUCUUGUCAACGAACCUUUAUAACGUGGAAAGCCUAAAAAGUAGUCUCUAGUACUUUGCAUACACACAUAAAUGGUCCCCAUACUAUCGCUUGAGACACAUCAGGAGGCCUCUAGAAAUCCUAAGGGUUACAUUCAAUUCCAAUGUUUUUUUCACAAUGAAUUGGCGGUAUCAGUGAUUGAAUAGUUGGCUUAUGGUCUACUUAGAUAAAUUGGUCCUCUUCUCCAUGUUAUAAAAAGUUUUCUGUAAUUUGUCCAGAACUUUCUGGAAAUCUCAAUUCUUUCUUGGCAUUUUCGUUUUCUCGUCAAUCUUCAAGUCAAAGUAGUUGAUCCAGAAUCGAAGAACGCGUUAAGUCCAUUAAGUCUUGAGACAGCCACGCGAUGCUGGACUACUUACACGUACGAAGCGGCGACAAUUUGUUUUUCGACGUUGAAUAGAUUGGUGAGAGGUACUGUCAAUAAAAGAAAUUUCGGGAAAAAGUUCCAUCGAGGCAACGGUUCUUCAAGUACGGGACAUGCACUGUUGCGCAUCCACAAGAAUGUCUCAGAGGGUGAGUCAAAGCUAGGCAACGCUACUUGUAGCGUAUAGACUAGAUGACUGCGCUAGCUCGACAAUGGUGGCGCUAGUGUAGGUCUAAGUAGCGCCAUAUGUGCCAAGUGGCGCUGUUGUCGCUUUGAGAAGCCCCUUGUGGAAGCAUAACAGUACCAUCAUCCCCCAGGAAGAAGAGACUUGUUUGGACCAAGUCGGAUUCAUGAUUCUCCGCUUGAUCCGCUUCGUACGUACCCCCCACACACAUAUACACAGACGUACACCAUAAAUACACACACACCCACCGGUAUAUUAACGAGGAGAUAUCGACGAGAAGCGCGUAUCGGCCUGAGUAAAUCAUAUUAAUUAAUAUUAAUAACGACUAAUAACGCUGUUGCUCCUGAUAAUUGUAUAUAGACGUGUAAUGUUAUAGUAACAACCAUUAGCGGGGCGUACAUUAUACAUAUUAUACAUAACAAAACAUAUUAUAACGAACGAGACUAAAUCUCAUGCCGUGCGAUUUUGACUACUUAACGAACGAAUAAACUUAAACAGCAACGUGUAACACGAAUUUACUGACGAGCAACGGAAGCAGGAUGCCGAUGACGACGAUGACGCGAGAGCCAAGGCGGGUCUGACGGGUCGAUUUUCUAGAGAGGGUUGGUACCGAUCGUAGGUUACCAGUAGGGUUGCCGUAAGCUGAGCGAAUGCAACCGCGUUGAGCCGUUCGUGACGUAUCAACGAGUAGCAGAGAGGAGACUUAGUACGGGUGUAGAGCGGUGCGAGAAAGAAGUAUACAGCGAAUUGCGAAGUCAUAUUCGGCUCAACGCGUUGAGUAUUCGCUAGCAACCCUGCUGGCAAGCCUGGUUACCAGAUAUCAAGCCCUGUUGUCAGGGGUCACAACGUGGUCAACGAUGAAUGUCAACUGCCUUUCCUGCGAUCUGUCGCUCUCCUGCAAUGUCGCAUCGUGCCGUAAAAUAGUAUACAAUUAAACUACAAGUAAUAGAUCGUAUUACCUAUUGUAUUAUCGAUAUCGUGUUAAGCAUGUACCGACGAACUAACCUCGAGGAUCGAGGGGGAUAAGAGGCAGGAGUAGGACUGCGAGGCCGGCCAGACACCUAGCGGCGAGUCUCGACGUCAACUUCGGACUCAACCGUCGACUGUCGCGCCACAGCCGACGAUACGUGGAACUAACGAGACGACGGAAACGCACUUGGCACAAAGAAUCACGAGAAUCGUCGAGGAUUAGGCUUUAUAGGUUCGCUAUAAAGUGUACAUUAGAUGUAACGCCGCGUCACGUACCCCGGUAAGGAAGAUGCGCGAGAAUGUCUCGUUGCCAGGUGCCUCGAGCGAAUAACGCGUCCUAGGAAUACUAAACUUUGCAACGAAACAAGAAAGUCGAUGAGAGGGCUCUCGCCCUUCGCGACGCACGGGAAUCACCUCCGACAUUUUUUAGAACCAUCGUCGACGCCCGGACGAGUUUUAGCAGAACACACGCGGCGCGGUAUCAUUCGUCGGGUCGAGUUACAAAGUAACGUCGCUUGUCUUUCAAGAGACGCUCCUGAACCUCCAUUCGAUAUCAUCGUCACAAAUCCCUGCGAGGAGUCGACGCCUCGUCUGGCAACGAGUCAUUCCCCCGCCCCGAUCAUCCGCGCGUUCUUCGUUCGAUUAGACGAGCUAGACAAACAAACAGGUCUCGUAAUCAGGUAGGUAGGUUAGGUAGGUCGGUAGAUAGGUAGAUACCUAAAGGCAGGGCGGCGUUAGGCAGAGCCGGACACGUCGUGAACCCGUGGCGUAUGAAAUUACAAGAAGGACAUCGAUGAAAGAGGGACGAGCCUGCCAGAAGGAAACCUCGAGGACGAAACAAGAAAGAGGAGAAGAGGACGAGGAACAAAGAACUCUAAAUGAACUAUUAAAAUAGUUAAGGAACACCGAGAUCAGCCGGAGGGACUUCUUUUAUAGUGUUUACCUAAUAUUAAUACCAGUUUACCGUUAUCCUGACUACUACUAGUACGCCUAAUUACUAUACCGAAGUAACUACUACAACGACUACUAGUAAGCGCUUAUUAAAGAGAGAUUAACGAAGAUCUACUACAGCCAACCUAGUCCCAGUUUAACCUGUGCUCUAAACGUAGACAUUACUACCGUUGCUAUCUACUGGCGCUAAUGUUACUGUCAUCGUUUCGUUCGAUCGUCGUUACGUGUGAUCAGAGCGGUGUCUGCGACGUCGCCCGUGGCCCAAUCCCGUUGGACAACACGGAAACGUCCCUGUUUUAACGGGAUGCUCUCAACGGGGGUAGUGCUUCAGAGGAAGACGUCUUAACGAAAGCCUAGUCCAAAUUGUUUACGUCGAAGACGCGUUCUCUUUACACUGGCUGCAUUCAGCGGAGACAACAGUUGCGCGACUGUCGUACGAUUCUCUCGAGUUCUCUGCUCUGAUUCGUCCAGUCACUUCAAAUAAACGAAUCAAAACGGAGAAUCGAAGAGAAUGGCUCGAACAAUUGUCUGCCGAAUUCGCCCAAUCGCUCAACAGUUGCGCAGCUAUGUCUCUGUCGAAUGUACCCGCUGUUUCCAUGUCUGAAAAGACCACCAGGAGCCACGGAGACGGUCGUAGGACCACCAAUCGAUGCGCUGCUAGCGUUUACCGUCACAGCACUCGCUAGCGGCUGGCGCAAUCGUCACUGCCGGGACUAUCAUCGCCAUCUUUGUUCAUUCGAUCAUCCGAUCAGGGUACAGGCUGCCGACAGUCGUGGACGUCGAGUUUCUAAUUGUUAACCAGUGCUACUAACGUUACUUAUACUAUACUAAUAUCGAUACUGUCGUUAUAGUCGAUACGCAAUACUAUGGUCGGUUUUUUCGUACAGCCGUCACGAACGUCGCGGACAUUAUACCGGGUCGUCGAAGCGACGCGACGCGACGCGACUGGGACAAGGACGCGAGUGCUACGUCUGCGCCGCCCUUCGCAUAGGUGUACGCUACCUAGUGAUGUGAUGUCGAUGAAUUCGCGAUGAAAAUGCGGAACCUCGCUCUUCCAGCGUACCUUGACCUUUUUCGACUGCCGUACUUUCAAACCUUCGUCGCUGUUUCGUCAAACCGCUAGGGAACCUGGGCAGACAUACUCUCCCCGAUCCAUUUGGUCAUUUGGACACCUUGUAACUCUUUUUGGAGCGUCGACGAAAUAGGGCAGCGAACGUGUGUUUAACGAUCGAGGAUUGUUAGUGGCGAAUGGAUCCUUCACACUCGUUCAAAGACCGAUCACGGUUAAUUGGAUUCUUAAGAGCACAUGUCACUGGCCGUUUCAGUAGAUGUACAGUGUCGCUGGUGUCCAAAUAGACAAUAUGACUCAAAGCAGUUAGACAUUCCAAUCUUGGUAGUCCUGAACGUUUAGCUUGACCAUUGCCCAUAAGAAUCCAGUUCGCUAUUUCUGAUAAUCAUGAAUCCUUGGUGAGAUAGAAAAUAAUUGUAAACUCUGUGGACCAGAGCUGGGUGCUGCGAUGGUUCAAUUCGCGACGAGCACGCGAAUAAGUGGAACGCCAUCAUGGUGGCCACACCACUAGUGUCGCAUAAUCGCCGUGGCGCUGCAAUAAUCGCGACGCGCUCAGCACUGAUAUGCUAUUCUGUCUGAUGUACACAAAUAAGGAUCGAAACUACAGAGAUGAGUGUAAACGAUCGAAGAACUAUCGACUCUAUGAUAUCAUAUCACUAAUGCCGCGCCAUUUUCACCUGUCUACUCCUUCCUCUGAUCACCAAACCUUCCUCCAAUAGCUAAUAUCGAAUCCCCUGACCGGCCUAAAUUCAUUUCUUUGCCGAUUGAGCAAGCAGGUUUGAGUUCAGUCGCUGCCCACUGGUCAUCGAGAAGCUUGCAACGAUUUCUUGACACGUUUACGUCGGUCACGGGCUGAAGCUUGGCGUAGAGAUGAGUAUAACGGAGAAUACGUGUAUUUCUCGAAUACGUAAGGUCCGGGAUAUCACAGGAAAACGUGUAUCGAGCGUCGCCGGGGGCGAUGGUAACCAAUCGCGCAGCUUCUUUGGCUGAUCCAUGAAACUUGCCGAUCUAGACAUGUCAAUGAACCGAACUGAAGUUGAUCCGUACUGUACAUCCUCGAGCAUAAUUCGACCGCGUAAAUACCUAAGUAUAUCUUUUCAAUAUUUCGCCAAUUCUUCGUUUGAUUUUGAAAUUUCAUUUCACGGAGUCGUUGAAGCGCGAGUUUCGUUCAGGGUCCUGUACACGCCACCAGAGAACAGUUCGGAUAAAAUCAGAAAUGCAAAUUCCACGCAAAAAAUCGAACAAACAUCCGGGGAAAGAGAUAUAUUCCCGUAGGCUGAAAGGUUCUCUCGCAAUUUCUGUUCUCGCAGGAUGAAUGGAGAUUCGACGAGCCCCCCACGCCACCGUUGUCCAAGAGUCGCUAACAGAAUUGACGAAAUUGAUUUCGAAUCGAACAAUACCACGGCGACGUCCAUCGCGUUUCCAUGCUUGUUGUGCGACGAAUGUUUCUAUGUACGUGUACAACUUUAACUUGAUAGCAUACGAAUAGAGACGGAUCCAGAUUCUUAAAACUGAAGGGCGAGGGGAGGGCGCAGCGACCACGUGACAGAGCACAUUUACGCAAAAAACAUCGAAUAGGGAGGACAAUCUCAGACAGGAAUGAUUUGCUUACCGAAACAAUAAAUUUUGAUUCGAGUUCUAUUUUUUUUAUGAAAUUUAUACGCCACUAAAUUUCGAACGGUCCUGUGUUUCCUGCCAUCCCCCCGCCACCGCACCUGCUGGAUUCGCCCUCGCCUACGAAUUAUUGUACGGUACCGCCGUGUAAGAGUGUAAGGGAGUUGAUUUUCUAGUCAGGUACGAGUUACAAAAUACUUUUACGUUCGACAGUAACUUUUACAUCGCUGUGAAUAUGUAAGACGUUUUUCUUCUUUUUCUUCUCGUUAAAUCUUUUUCAUCGUUGCGUCGAGACGAGCGCGUCUCGCCAUCGAGAGAUGAGCGAACCUAAACACAGGCAUACACAGGGACAUACACACGCGUACACAUCGAUAAACAACAGAUACGACGAUUAUGAGAUACGAUUUUCAAUUUAAUAUAUUAAUUAAGAAUUAAUCUUAUUAUUACGAUUAUUAUUAUUAUUAUUAUUAUUAUUAUUAUUAUUAUUAUUA